AGGGAAAGUUCCUAACUGUCAGGGCUGUCGAAGGGGCCUUGAUGGAAGAAAGGAGGACAUCGUCUUGUCAGCAAAAAACACUUACAGUUUGCAAUUCUUGGAACGCAAAAGACGCGUGUGAAAAUCACUGAGGAAGGAUACAACGUCGUACAGAAGUUAAUUAAGUUUAUAUCGCCGGCGUCACGCUUUCUAUGUCUAAAGUACAUGGUUCUAGCGGGAUAUAAGUGUUUCACUACAAAAUGGAAAGUAUUUGAAAUGACAGUCGGUACAGUGAGGAUAAAGCAUAAUAACAUAUUGUCUUUCUUUACCUUCCAACAAGAUGAUUUACUUACACUGCGGACUUGCACAACCUUUCUCUCCAAUUUACUUUUUGGUUGCAGCGGGGAUCUUGGCGAUGUUUAACAACAGUAAAACAUUUGGAUUUGAACAAGAGACGGAGAGCUUUCUACAGGGGCUUCCGCAGUACGAGGUCGUUCACCCCUACCGAGUGGACGCCAAAGGUCACUUCCUGUCCAACUUUGUGUCCCACCGCGUCAGCCGGGUACAGCGGAGGGAAACCCAGGGGGAACCAGGAAACCCUACACGGGUGUUCUACCAGUUGCAGCACGGUGGCCACAAUCUGCACUUCAACCUCACCCUCAACCCACACCUGCUGGCUCCUGGCUUCCUGACUGAGCGAAGGUACGGUGGCAUGGAGGGGGCCAAAAUACGCAGCCAUGGCCCUUCGCUGUGCCACUUUAUCGGGACGUGUGGGACCAGGCAACCAUCAAGGGGAGGGCGGCUAUAA